GUUUAGCUCAAAGAGCAAUUGAAUAGUUUCUUUAAUCUUUGAUUAUGUCUGUUUUUAAUUAAUUUUUUGUGCUUAUCAAUUUCUUGGUUUUUUCAGGUUUCAUAAAAAGUAUCAUCAUCACCAUCGUUCACCAUUACAACAACAGUAUUAGACGAUCCAUUUAUUGGUAUCAGACGAUCGACUAAAAAUCUUCUGCAUAGUCCUUUUGCUAUUAAGCAUUCAAUCAACCUUUUGUGUUUCUCCAAAUUCCUUUUUUCUACUGUUUAUUGAUUGCUUUUGACUAGAUUAGGCUUUCUUGCUCAUACUAGUAAACCGGUGAUCUAACAUGGAAUCCGAGGAAGAAGUACUUUACAAUGAGUCAGAAGAAGAAGAAGAAGAUGAAGAUGACUCUGGUAAUGAAUCAAGUGGUGGUGAUGAUGACGAUGGACUUUCUGUUGCGUUACUCGACUCAGAACCUACAGUUUCUGCUAAUAUGUCAAGCAAAGAUAAGAUGGACUUUGAUGAAGAUUUUCCGUUUGAAGUAUUGACCACUGAGCAAAUUAUGCAACAUAUGCAGGAUUGUAUUAAAGAAGUUAACAAUGUUGUACAGCUUCCGCCAACUAUAACCCGAAUUCUUUUGAAUCAUUUUAAAUGGGACAAAGAAAAGCUCUAUGAAAGAUAUUACGAUGGAGAUAGAGGGCCAUUAUUUAGUGAAGCUCAUAUCAUUGACCCAGCUGAAGCAUACAAUAAUCAGCAAAUCAAGAAACUAUCGUAUUCCCAUGAAAUGGAAACUUGUAUUAUAUGUUGUCGAGACUUCCCAGCAUCAAUGCUUACUGGCCUUGCUUGUGGACAUAGGUUCUGUAAAGACUGUUGGAACCAUUAUUUAACGACCAAAAUAAUGGAAGAAGGAAUGGGUAACAAAAUUUCUUGUGCAGCUCAUGCCUGUGACAUUCUUGUUGAUGACCAAACAGUCAUGAAUCUCAUCACGGAUAACAAAGUGAAGCUUAGAUACCAACACUUGAUAACUAACAGUUUUGUAGAAUGCAAUAGAUUGUUAAGGUGGUGUCCCAAGCCUGAAUGUAGCCACAGUAUAAAAGUUCAAUAUCUAGAUUUUCAGCCUGUUAAAUGUACAUGUGGAACCAUAUUUUGUUUCCUCUGUGGAGAGAAUUGGCAUGAGCCGGUCAAAUGUGAUCUUCUCAAACUAUGGAGGAAAAAGUGUGAUGAUGAUAGUGAAACUUCGAAUUGGAUCGCAGCCAAUACUAAGGAAUGUCCUCAAUGUAAUGUCACCAUAGAAAAAGAUGGUGGUUGUAAUCAUAUGAUUUGUAAAAAUCAAAACUGCAAAGCUGAUUUUUGUUGGCAAUGCCUUGGACCAUGGGAACCUCACGGGACUUCAUGCUUUUCUCGCUUUCCUUAUAGGUAUAGUUGCAAUCGUUAUGAUGAACAUGAAGCAAAAGCAGCCCGUGAUGCACAAGAAAGAUCUCGAGCAGCCCUUCAACGGUACCUUUUUUACUGCAAUAGGUACAUGAAUCAUAUGCAAAGUUUAAAGUUUGAGCACAAAUUAUACGCUUCCAUAAAGGAGAAGAUGGAAGAGAUGCAACAACACAACAUGUCUUGGAUUGAAGUACAAUUUCUCAAAAAAGCUGUCGACGUUCUCUGUUUGUGCCGAGAAACACUUAUGUACACAUAUGUUUUCGCUUAUUAUCUGGUUAAAAAUAAUCAAUCCAUUAUUUUUGAGGACAACCAAAAAGAUUUGGAAAGUGCCACUGAAACAUUAUCUGAAUACUUAGAGCGAGAUAUUACUAAGGACAAUAUUGUUGAUAUCAAACAGAAAGUACAGGACAAGUAUAGAUACUGCGAUAGUCGACGAAAAGUUUUGUUACAACAUGUCCAUGAAGGAUAUGAUAAAGAUCUAUGGGAAUAUUCUGUUAAACUAUAACUUUCCAAUUUCCAAAAGAUUCCAUCUCUAUGAAGCUGGUCAAGUCAAACCACUUUGGACUUUGACUUGUGAAUUGUGGAGAAGGCAAAACAUUUUGUAAAAUUAAACUGUAAAACGCGACUUAUACACAAAACAAACAAAAGAUCAAUGGCUCCCAUGAAGACAAGAUUAAACUAAAAAUUUAUACCCAAACAAUCAGCAAAAUAAAUUCACUUUUUAAGCAUUUCAUUUUUUAUACUUAAA